GACCGUGACGUAACGCGACCGUUUUGCAUUUCUUUUUGCUGCAAGCAAAACCUGUCUUUUGCACGGAUAAUUGCUAUUUUUAGACGUUUCUGCGUCGCUAAUUGAUGGACUUGCCAUGGAAACGAUACUAUUUAUAGUAGCGCGCGGACUGAGGAUGAAGGGAACGAGAAAAAAGCUGAAACGCCGCGGCUAGGUUGGAACCAGUUGAUUUAGUCAGUAAAAGUUGGCUGGGUUUCUAGGCGGAAAACGGUGCGGUUGUGCAAUAAGAGUGCGGCCCCAAAACUGGACACGAACGAAGCAGAAGCGGAUCCGAAAGGUGUGACGAAACUCGAUCGGCAUUUAUGGCGCCAGAAUGCAAAGAUCCGCGUCGCAUUCAUGAUCUCCAAGCACCAAGCAGACAACUGAAGAAGUGACUUUGUCGCGCAAAUGCCGAUAGUGAAUCGUUACAGGUUUAAUCGCGAGUGUGUUUAGUGAUGACUGUGAUUUACUCUACUGACUAGUUCGAACAUUAUAGUGCGAGUUGAGACAUGAAAAUACCGAUGCCGGACAAGCUGCUGAUCAGGAUGGUCGUUUUGUCCAUGUUUGCGUCCACCGGUUUCAGCAGGGUGAAGCGCCAGGAUGGUUCGCAGUCGCUUGCGGAGGUGGAGAACGAAAUCGAGCCGCUGAUCAUCGAUAGAGGGCCGUUUUUCGAUAAGAGCGUGUCCCGAAAUGUGACAGCGCUGGUCGGAAAAACCACCUAUUUGGGCUGCCGCGUGCGCAAUCUGGGAAAUCGAACGGUUUCGUGGAUUCGGCAUCGCGAUCUCCACCUGCUGACUGUUAAUCGGUUUACAUACACUUCUGAUCAGCGAUUCUCCGCCCUCCAUAACCCUCACACGGAAGACUGGACGUUGCAGGUUCGCUACCCGCAGCGCAGGGACGCUGGCACUUACGAGUGCCAAGUGGCUACCACGCCGCCUAUCGGCCACUCCAUGUACUUGUCGGUCGUUGAGCCAGUGACAACGUUGCUUGGUGGGCCUGAGAUGUACAUCAACAAGGGCAGUACGAUGAACUUGACCUGUGUGGUGCAGCACAGUCCAGAACCCCCACCCUCCAUCUACUGGACUCACGAUCAACAAGAAAUUAACUACGAUUCGGCAAGGGGCGGCGUGUCGGUGAUCACGGAAAAGGGCGACAUUACAGUCUCCUAUUUGCUCAUCCAAAGGGCGACGGAGAAGGACAGCGGCAAGUACACGUGCCAUCCAUCCAACGCCAAUCCGGAGGGUUUAUCAGUGCACGUGCUCAAUGGCGAGUAUCCGGCGGCCAUGCAACACGGCGGUCAACUGCGCCUCCAGUAUCCGUUCGCUGUGAUUUUCAUCAGCCUCUGUAUGACGAUGGGCGCUCCAUGAGACCAGUUUUCCAGUGAAUUUUCCCUUGUACAUACAAAUGAGUGAGUGAGUGUAAGUGAACGCGACGUCCAACCACAUCGAAAGCGGUUAUACAGGGUGUCUCACCGGGCACCGCCUUGAUCUAUACGCUGUCAACCAUAAUGAGGAGACUUUUUGGAAAUUCCCGGAAACACCCUGUAUGUUCCUCCACUCUCCUUCCAGAGGUCGAAUUAUGUACAGGGGGGUUUGUUUGCUUUUCAGAAUUUCUUCUAAUUAUAGUCGGCAAUUUGGGAAUCCAAGCAGUUCGACUUGUAUAUCGAACAGCGCCCCACAAUUGGUUGUUUAAAAUUGUUUCGGUGUUGCCUGAUGUGGCGCACAAUCCAACAAAUGCAACAUUGCCAUUAUGGGUGCGCAGUUUGAUGUGCAAGGACAGCAAGCGAAGGCAAUACUAAUGUUAAAAAAGGACGGAGGCCGUUCCAGUUGUAGAGGAUAUUCCAUGUUUGUGAAUUUUAUUGUACUAUAUAUUAUAUGGAUUGUUUUCUCGGACACAGUUUUAACUACAAGACGUACCAACUGUUUCGGUUGGUGGUUUGAACCUUGACUAUUGUACAUAAUAAAUGAGGUUUUUUUGGUUA